GAGAAAUUUGAAAAUAAUUUACAGCAAAUUCAUUUCUUCAAGAUUCUUAUCAAUUUUUUUUCCGAACACUACAACAAAUACUUUCCAAGAUACAGCCGCUUACCAUCCUCAUUGCGACACCCGGUAUAUUUACAGAUGCGUUUAAAAACCGUUUUAAUCUCAGUGAUCUAAUCUACUCUUAUGCGAUAAUCAAAUACUGAUUUAGUAUCAUGCUAUUUUGCAUAUAAAUUCAAAUAUAGAAAAAUUAUUUAAUCAUGGUAAGGUAAGUACGAACUAAUCCAAAGGCACUCUACUCUGUUUACCAGUUUGGGUUACUGUAGUUGGAGAACUAUUAAAUAUCUGUUUAUGAUUAUUUAAUACAUAUUAUUUCACAACGGUUUUAAACUAUUCGAAAAUAAUGGCGGAGCUCCAUAUUCUAAAAUUAGCCUCUCAGAAGCUUUGGAUUUUACAGGUGUGUCAACGUACCUAUUUUUAGUACUAAAUAACCGACAUUGAGAGUGUAAAGUAAAACAUUUUCUUUGAGUCUAAUAGCACGAUUGAACUGCUGAACUUUUAUUGAAAAAUGGCUAGCAAAAUAUUUGAAGACGACCAAUACAGAAACUUGUGCAGUGAAAAAACACUUCAGUCAAAUUCGCAAGGAUUUUUUAUGAACUUUGUUGAACAUUUAUUGAACCAUGUGGGUCCUGAAUGGGUGAAAACUGUUUUCGGGAAAUUAAGCACCGAUCAAGACCGAAUUAAGUGUGUCUAUGAGUCAAAUAAAACAAAAACAUUACUACAGGAUUUUUUAAUUAACGUUCAAGAAGUUUACCGACAAAAAAACGCCAGUAUAUCUCAAAAGAAACGCUUGGAAGCUGAGUUGUUAAUGGAAAAGCAAGAUUAUCAAGGAGCACUUUUAUUAUUUUGCCAAAGUAUUAUCAGAUCCGCAAAAACAGGUCAAGAAAAGUCUUUUGACUCCGGUGUGUCGUUAUCUCUGGCUUUAUGGGGUAGAUCGGAAGCUCUUUUGAAACUAGGCAGUUACUCUAAUGCGAUAGUAGAUGUACAACAAGCUCUAAAAGAGAAUUUGCCUGGCUCUUACAAAGCUCAGGCCUUCUGGAGAAUGGCCAAAUGUUACGCAGCCUUAGGUGAGGAAAGCAGAUCUAAAGUAUCGUUUGACUUGACAGAGAAACUAUUGGAAGGAAAUCAGGAAAAAAUUGAACAACUUAAUGCAGAUAGGCUACAUUAUCAACAUCAUUCAACAGUGACCCAAGUCAUCACCGACAAGGGAGACGCUGAUCAAAAGCAGUUAUACGCAAGCAACAAAUUAACAGUAAAAAUGUCAAAAUCAAUGGGAAGGUAUAUUGUAGCUAAUGAGAGGAUCGAGCCGGAUGAGACAUUGUUAGUAGAAUCUCCAUAUGCAGCCUGUUUGCUUCCGGAAUUUUUUGGUUCCCAUUGUCACCACUGCUUUACAAGCUUAAAGUCUCCUUUCGGGUGUCCAGACUGUGCCAGUGUAGCUUUUUGUAGUCUAGACUGUAAAGACCAAGCAAUUGCUACUUACCACAAACACGAAUGCAAAUAUUUAGAUUUGCUAAUUGGUUCCGGGAUGAGUGUUUUAGCUCACACAUCUCUGAGGAUGAUUACUCAGUUUGGGUUGCAAAGAUGCUUAGAAAUAUACAGAAAUAAAAGCAAAGAAAAGAUAUACAGGUUAUGUACAAAUUCUCAUUUGAGAUCUCCCGAAGACUUUUUCCAAAGGACUUUAAUGGCAUCAUUUUUGCUAAGAUGUUUACAAAAAGCUAACUUCUUUCAGACCGGAGGUGAUAAUCAAGUAUCACCAUCCAGAGCUGAAUAUGAAAUAGGCGAAAUGCUGUUGUUUAACUUGCAAGUACUACAGUUUAAUGCUCAUGAAGUAUAUGAAACAAGGUAUACUGACAAUUGUAAACCAAUAACUUCGAGAGUAGUUUUCAUAGGAGUAGCUAUUUACCUGACUGCCUCGUUGUUCAAUCAUGACUGCCAUCCUGCUCUGUCUAGGCACUUUGUAGGAAAAUCUAUUGUUCUGACUUCAGUAAGACCUCUAAAUCCAAACGAAAUAAUACCGGAGAACUAUGGCCCCGUUUUUACGAGACAAACUCUAGCUGAAAGGAAGAGAUCUUUAUCAUCUAGAUAUUGGUUCGAUUGUCAGUGCAUGGCUUGCCAACAAAAUUGGCCUCCAAUUGGUCGAGGUUUGGAAAAUGUCAGUGAACGACUAAUGUGUCCUACACCAGGCUGUACUCAAAUACUCACUCUCCCUGUGCCGAAAGCCAAUAAUACUCACUGUUUGAAAUGUCGAAGUGUAAUUGAUGUACCCGAGAAAGUAUUGCACCUUAAACGGUGUCUUGAACAGUAUCGAAUUGCCUCUGAUAUGAUGAAGAAUUUACAAACAAAAGAAGCAAAAGAAAUGUUUUGUCAGGCAAUUAACACGUUUUACAAAUGCUUUCUUGCACCUCAUAAGGAAACCCAUCUGUCUGAAGCACAAUUAUCAAAAUGCAUCGCUCAGCCCCGAAAUACAAUAAAGCUACAGUAAAUACUGAAAGAAGUUUGAAAAUAAGAAGUUGUUUAUAAUUAACGGUGAUUAACAGAUUUAAUCAAAUGAUUUUUUAAACUUAUUGAAUGCUGUAUGUUUUUACCACAGUUCCUAAUAAUAAUUUGAUUGUUGACAA